CCUGCCUCCUUCGUCAGGCCUGCCGGCGGUUUGACGUCCAUCGUGCUCACACAAGGGAGUGGCACCGGGAACCCCCACGGCAUCGCCCACAUUUUUUUGACCUUCAUGUGAUCCUGGAGCGGCAGUAUACUUACAUACAUGCAUGUACAUUUUCGUUACUACCCCUUGUUCCAACUCUUCCAAAAUUAAUUUGAGAGAUCAGGUCUACUACAUUUCAUGUUUGUACUGCGUACGUAUACUAAUUGAUUGAAGGCCGACCAAUUAGUUACCACGAACGAAGGUAGUAUCGUAGAUUGAAGCUUAGAGGACUAGAAGUAAAGAAAAUAGCACAAUGGGUUCAUGUGCUUCUAAGUCAGCUCUUGAGCAUCGUCGGACGGAGAGGUACUACACAACAAGGAGGGCUAGAAAAGGGCGCGGCAAUCCCCGGCCAGUGAUGCCGGACGGGCCCAAGCCACGAAUUGUGGAUGCAAGAGGGCGCACCACCGACUGCUCAGUGAGCGAGAUAGUCCACGUCGAGUCAGCAUGCAAGUCGGAUCAUUCCAAGACGUUCCACCUCACCCAGAUGGAGUGGCACCACAGCGAGCGAGAUUCAAAUGGUUGCUGCAAAGAAGAUGCCUGGUUCGACUCUGUUAGCAUCCUUGAGGACGAUUCUGAUGAGGAAGAAUUCAAGAGCAUAGAUGGAGAUUUUUCCGACGAUGAAGAAGAUGAGGAGCAGAAGAAGCGAGACAAGGCAUCACAUUUUGCUGAUGCUCUCUCUCGCAUCGGUGAAUUAUGGCGGGGUGUCCCCAUGACAUUGUCAAUUGAACAAUAUCUGAAAAGAGACGACGGUGGUGAUGAUCCUGCACAUAGGAGCCAAAGCAUGGCGAUAUGUGCCAGCAAGUGUGUGGCAAGUUCCAAGGACAAAAAUGAUGUAGAGGACAAGAACAACAAGGAUCCUAGCACCCCAUCUCGCAUACGCAAGCUGCUACAUUCCAUCAGUUUCAAUGAAAAGGUGCAACAAAUCACCUGCGUCAGCCCGACGAAGAGGAAGUCUACAGUUAUACGGCUCUCCUACAAAAGGACAUCAUGCGACGAGGACUCCCAAUGUGGUGGUGACAUCGGUGCCAACCUAAAGUUUUCCACACCUCCAAGUGACUAUUGGAUGGGAGGAUGGACAUCCCCCUUCCCCGUGUGCAAACUCUAAAGUGAUCCUAUAACCAUAAGGGGUAGUGGUUCUUUGGACAAGUUUGUGCUGCAUAAAAAACACUUUAAAUGGUCACAUCCUCACAAUCCGCAUGAGGAGGAUAUCCCAACAAAUCUCACGAUGGGGCAUAGGCAUGCCUAUUACAUUCCAACAUUCUUGUAAAUUCUCAUUUGGAAAUAUGUUGGCAUUAUAUCUGAACAAUUCUUGUCGGUAUGAAUCUUGUAAAAUUAU